AUGGGAGUUUUACUUACUCAAACAUGUUCUGAGGGCAGAAAGGAAAAUGAUUGGUUUACAGAUUCAACCAAUGAAAUUGAAGCAGAGGCGGGAUCAAGUUUUUUUUUUUUGGCGGGAUUCUAGAUACGUUAUCGACUGUUGAUAGAUCGCGGGUUUUGUAGAGCUUAUUCCUCUGCUUUCAAGGAGCAUUUCUUUCUGAGAAAAAUGAAUGUCUUACAAAUUAUGAAGUCUGGAGGACUGCAUGGAAGAGGCAUCGGAAGGAUUGGACCCUAUCCACUUUACAUGGAGAGUUUUGAAUCCCUCAUAGAAAACAACGAAGUAUCUGAUGAGAUAAUGGAUGCCUUGUUCCAUCUGUUCAGCAGGAAGCGGCCAGAUGUUUUGGCCAUCAAUAAUCAGACCCUGGGUCACAUUCUGGAGGGUGACACCCGGGCUAGGAGCAGUUAUUUUACGAAGAAGAACAUGUUUGAAAAUAAAACAGAGGUUGUUGGUCCCUUUUUGGAGGACGGGAAUCAUUGGACUUUUUUUCACUGCAGCAUUGUUGACCGUGCAAUUACAUACCUUAAUUCACUUGGGGAAACAGAUGAACAAUAUAACAAAAUAGCAGAAAACUGGAGCACAUUUGCUGCUUCAAAAGGCUACCAGGGGCCAUGGAAAAGAGUACUCAGGAAACAUAGCUUACAGCAUGAUAGCAUUUCAUGUGGUGUUUUCACAGCUGUGUUUGCUGAGGCCAUACUUGGAGGCUCAGGGGGAUACCUUACGUGCUCUCCUAUCCAGGAAGAGAGGGAGCGUCUGGGGACACUUCUCUUUCAUUCACUUGAUAGGUCAGAUAUUUGUGGCAUCUGUUUUCAUAAAGUACCCAGGAAGAACAAGGCAAAUGAACAAAGGUCUUACGGGAGUGGAUCUAUUUAA